UAUCGUGCCAACAACGCCUCCGUGCAGUGGAACGCGUCAAGCGUGGCUAGCGAUACGGGUUUUGUCUAUUUCCUCAAUUACUGCCCACCAGCUAUUGUUAUUCUUGCCGACUUAGGCUAAUCAGCCAAUCACCUCUGCUCCGUCGGUGUGAAAUUUCCGAAAUGUCCAAACCAGUGGAAGCAUCGUUACCAGCCUACAUCAGUGUUGGUUUGCAGCUAGCCGCUCGAAAGGAAGGAUUCACCGAUGGGCAGUAUCGCCUCAAAACCGAGCCCGGUUCGAAGGAGGGCGAUGGAUUCUCGGGACAAAUGAUCAAGGUGUUUAUCCGCGAAGCGCGUCGGGAAGUGAUCGUGCUGUGUAAGGUGCUGCCAGAUAAUCAGGUGCGCAAAGAACAGGGUGUACCCAUGUUUGAGCGUGAAACGGAGGUUUACGUCAAUGUGCUUCCCUUCUUGUUGGACUUUCAACGCGAUAAAGCUCUCGAAUCCGAGUGUCCGCAGUUUGAUAAUGUGCCACGAUGUUACUUUGCUAAGACAUCUGUCGACACGAAGGAAGCGGUCAUUAUUAUGGAGGAUCUGAGGGCGCAAGCUUACCGACUGUGGGAUAAAACCAAUACGGUUAACCUGGAGCAUGCCGAGCUGCUGAUGGCCACAAUCGGACGCCUCCAUGCCAUUUCGUUUGCCAUCAAGGAACAGUUACCGGAGAAGUUUGCCGAGUGCACUGGGAAGCUUGUCGAUCCAAUGGCAACGUUGAUUCAAGCUGAAAAUAAUGGUGGUUUUGAUAGAAUCAUGGCAACCAUGUGGCAGAGAGCGGUCGACGUGCUCGAACCUCACGAUACCUUGCACCGUGAAAAGCUGAACUUGUUGAAGGAUCGCUGCUGUGCAGAGAUCAUUUCGUGCGUCGAGGCGAAGGCGGCAGAACCGUACGCCAUCAUUGGGCAUGGUGACUGUUGGUCGAAUAACAUGAUGUUUCAGUAUGGUGACGAUGAUAAAACGCCCAUUAACAUUAAGCUGAUCGACUGGCAACUCUGUAGGUACUGCUCCCCGGUGCUCGAUCUCGUGUACUUUAUCUUCAACUGCACCGACGAGGAACUACGUGCACACAGCUACCAUCGGUUGCUCAAUGUGUACUACAAUAUUCUCGGUGUGCACCUGCAUCGGUUGAGCGGUAACGUUGAACGACAGUUUCCCAGGAGUGCGUUCCGUGAUCAGCUGAAGCGAUUCGGGCGGUACGGGUUGGUAAUGUCGUUCCUGGUACUGCCGAUCAUUUGCACUCCGAACGAUGAGCUACCGGACACCGACUCAGCCAUAGAAGAUCUAAUGAAGGAAAUCUCCGGCGGGACCGGUACUGGUGAUUUUACGUAUGGUACAACGGAAAAAGCGGCAACCCGAUAUAAAGAGAGAAUGUCUGGCACAAUUCGGGAUGUGAUUCGUUUGGGGUACAUGUAAAUGAUGCUACUGGACCCCAAUACCGUGUAACAAUUGGUUUGUUUAUAAGUUCAGUUCACUGUUACAACUGAGCCAUGUUGUUGAACAGGCGUUGAAUCCAAAAAUAAAUCUGGUGGCAGCGGAGAUGGUAACACAUCCC